AUGUCCAUCGCUCAAGCAUGGGUACCUCCCUUCGGUUUUCCUGGGAAACCUCUGGCAAGGGGGUGUAAUUUGGUCCAAGCAUGGUCAGAUUUUCCUCAGCUCAUAAACCAAAACAGUUGGGGAACCAAAAACACCCAUGCAAAGGCGAUUCCAGGAGCAUCCUUGAGCCGACAGAAGUCUGUCGGUGGCAGACCUGCUGAGCAUUCCCUUUCUUCUUCGCCUGCCUCUGUUCACUCAUCUCUAAAGGGAAAAAAGGAUGCCUUGACUAAGCAUUCAGAAGCUAUGGACUUCAGAGACUGGUGCGAGAGUGAAUGCGUCAGGCUCAUUGGGACAAAAGAUACAAGUUUCCUGGACUUCUGUUUAAAGCAAUCCAGAUCAGAGGCUGAGAUGAUUCUUACAGAGAACCUUGGGCCAUUUGAUCCUGAUCAUGAGUUCAUUGAAAAGUUCCUCAACUACAAAGACUUUCUACCCAAUGAUGUCCUUGAGAUUGCCCUCCAAAGCCAGAAUGAUCAGAAGCUGACUGGAUUCAGUGGUGGAGAUGUGACUUCCGACAAUGUUGAUGUUGGGGGCUCCGAGCAAGGUAAUUUUAAUGGGUCCGGGAAAGGAGGGAAGAAGAAGGGAAAGAAAGGGAAGAAGGUUAGUCCUGCAGCUUUGGGUUUUAAUGUCGUUAGCAACCGGAUCAUGAUGGGAGAGAUUCAGACUGUUGAAGACUAG